AUGAGUGAUCAAAGUCAGAGCUAUUUCGGUGGUAACCACCAGACUUCGGCAAGUGGCACAAUUACACCUGGUGCUCCUGUGCACACCAUUGCUCAGACGCCCGUGCUUGAGUCGGGCAACCCCUUCGACAAGUUUUCGGUUCCCUCGGAGGCCCGUAACCAGCAGAUUGUAGGUAACAUUGGUGACAGUGUGCCGGAUGACAAGUUCAAAAUCCUGCUUGCCCUGGAUGGCACUGAGGCCGGUGAUCUUGCUUUCAACUAUAUUCUGGAUAAGAAGCCUUUCAGCACGAACUGCCAUAUUUUCCUUGUCACUGUUCUUUCUGCCAACGUGCUUGGUGGCCCCUGGGUUUCGGGUCCCUUGACUAUUGACAGCAAGAAGCAAAACGAACUCCUUAAGCAGCUGCGUCAGCAAGCUGUUGAGCGUAUGAACCCUUACCGCAAGAAGCUUCAAGAGCAGGGUUACGGCGUUACCAUGCAUGUUCUUCACGGUGAGGCCCGCGCCUCACUUCUGAAGGUCGUGAACUACCACAAGUGUGACAGUGUCGUGAUCGGUAAGCGCAACCGUGGCUGGAAGAAGGGACUGAGCAGUGGUACUGUUUCUUCCUAUUUGGUACACCACUCGCCGGUGCCCGUUCUUGUCGUCAAGUAA